AUGGUUCCAGAGAUUAUUCGCAGGGUGGGGUGGACUGCUGCUCCGGUUGGUAUCCUCACCACUAUGGAACCAGACGAACUUGGACUUAAUGGUUUUCCACGGCAGCGUGUGGCCUGUCGGAUCUUGGCCAUGAACUCCGCUGCCGCGUCCGUCGCGGCUGCUGAAUUAGCCAAGGAAAUACCAGAAAUGGCUUUCUCAGAGCUCAUGCCACGCGAAGAAGGCUCAGUGGCUUUCUUAGCCCACGAGGACUACUGCAACGUUCUUUUGAAGGCGUCUGGAAAGAACGGCGUUUUCUACAAGCAUCGGAAAAGCAGUGCAGAUGAAGACAAUGAACUGCUUUUGCUUUGGCUACCUCCUGAAUAUAGUCUUGAAGAAUCUUUGCAACUUGCAAAGGAUGACUCUGUUUUUGGGGUGGUUCAGAAGAGCUCGGCCGUUGAAGGCCGUUUUGCCUUAAGAUUUGCUGACCUGACAACAUUGGAGAACUUCGCUACUACGCACAGCAUUCAGAGCAAUGCACUUUUCGGCAGAUGGAAAUUCGCUGGAACACUUGUUUCUUUAGGAAUUGCCGGUGCUCUGACUUUUCUACACUCACAAGAUUGGGUCAAUCCGGACGUGCUUUAUGUCACUGAAGGACAUUUCGUAUUUAUAGCAGAGAAGAUUGGUCGGCGUGACCCGGUAUACUUCAACCAUGCGGGGUUUGCAAGGCAGAUUAAGUGGAAAGCCUUGAACUCCAAGGCCAAGUUGCUGGCAAAAGAGUACAAUAAGAAUCGGGCAACUGCGUCCUCCGAAUUUCGAGCACCUUCUCGUUCGAUACAGCAGUUGGAAAAUCGUCGCCUCUUCUUGGAAAGGUCCGUCAAAGUUCCUCCCAAAGCUGCGGCCAAAGCGACAGGCUAUAUGAACCCUUGCUUUCGAAUUCCUUCGCACAGCCUCUUCAACAGCAAGAUGUAUCGGGUGAAUGGGCAUGGACAGACAGGACCACAGCGGAAUGCUGUGGUGCUAAGAGUGCCCAAAGUUGCCCAUCACGAUAUCAUCGCAUCCGUGACAUGGUCAAAGGUGGACUGUUGCGUGGCUAUUUGCCCCCGUGACGCAUUGCCAACGGUGAUUGCAGCAGUAGGCUACACGUCAAGAGCUUGUGGAGUUUUGGUUGUGCAGAGCCCCGACGAGCUUCACCUCAAAGGGUAUCCAAGGUCCAAGGUCAAGUGCACGUAUAGCGUUUGCGCGGAAGGGGCAGAGCGUCGCCACAUCCAAGUGGAGCGCUUCUUGGUGCAACUAGGCUUUGCUGACCAGGUUCGUAUGUCUCCGGCCGGGGAGGAACUUGUUGUCGGUAUAACCAUGACCAAGAUGCAGGCCAAAUGUUCCGGCCAUCGUGGUUGGCAGGAAGGGAGUGCGCCGGCCGGAAUGCUAGCCAGUUGGUUAGACAAAGUCAUCCCAUCCGUAGCAUAUGCCGAGAUCCAAGCACGUAUGGACAGCGCUUUUACCUUCAUGUGUCAUUCUGAUUUUUGCGACACAGUGUUGCGAGCUAGUGGCACUGAGGGCAUUUUCACUAAGGUCCAUCAGAGGCACAGUUCAGAACCAGAAGCGGGACAUGAGCUUCUUUGGCUUGACCCUGAGAUCAGCCUUAACGAUGCCUUGCUUGUUGCGGAAAACGCAGGGGCUUUGGGAGUGGUGGAGAAAGGAAACAAGGGUAGGCUGGCUUUACGUUUUCGCAGUGUUGAGGACCUCACUACCUUUGCUAAGUCUAACAAGUACGACUUCGAUGCUAGUUUGCAGAGGUGGAAGGUUACGGGGGUGCCACUACAGGCAGGAGUUCAAGGUCUCUCCCAAAUGUUGUGCUCGUUGGGUUGGAAGGUUGCCGAGAUCCCGCUCGCUUUCGGUAUUUGGGACAGCCCACUUCGUGUGGCGGUGGAAGCGAUGGUAGUAGUGGACUUGACCUUGGUGCACGGGCACAAGCUCAACAAGCCUUUUUGCAAAAAAUGGCAGCGGCCGCACCAGAGAAAAUUCCCAUUCUCGUUGAUUCCCCCAAAGGCUCCCCACGAGCCGCGGAAGCCGCGAAGCGCCAGAAUGAUGGCCACACGGGGGAGACCCCCGCUCCCAAGCGAUGACUGGUUUGAACGCGCCAGCAGGUUUCACUUUCCAUAUUAUUUUGCUUGUAUCUCCCGUACGGGACGCAAUAAGAAGAUGCAUGCCCUUCAUGGUAACCAUGGAGAUGAAGACGUGGUGGAAUUUUCUCUUUGUAAUGUGGCAGGUUUGCAGAAGAAUGGUCGAGUUGAGUAUUUGUCAUCGUUAACUUCACACUUCCUGGCAUGGUGA